AAAAACCCCAUUAUAAAUAUUAAUAUUUGUUUGCGAUAAGAUUUUUUUUGUGAAACUUCCAUUGCAACGUUGCACGUCACAUGAUAGCAGUCAUGGCCAAGGUUGUCUGUGGCAAGUUAUUCUGAACCAGACCAUCCGAGUCGACAGUUCACGAGUGAGCCUGGUGGAGUGAGGUUGUUGCAAAAUGAGUCGGCAUAUUUCUGUAUUGAUAUUUGUGGUGGUAAAUAUUUAUCGUGCAAGUUGUGCGGAAAAUUGUGAUGAGGUUGGUUACCCAGAGGUGGAAAUUAACACGGGACGGCUGGCCGGUUCCUUUGUAGAAAGUAGGGAGGGGAGGAGGUACAGCCAGUUUCUAGGAAUUCCGUACGGUCAUGUGGAAAAAAGAUUUGAUAUUCCUCAACCAGCAAAAUCCUGGACGGAUGUGAAAAAUGUGACUGAUUCCGGUACCGGGUGUACGAGACAAGGCCUAGUCGUCUUUGGAUAUACGGGGACAGAAGAUUGCCUUACGGUGGACGUCUAUUCACCAAAACCGUUAAAAUUGGGUGAAGAUAAUACCGAUCUUCUCCCAGUCAUGGUAUGGUUUACUGGUGGCGGAUUUGUGGACGGAGCGGGGGGAAUGUACGGCGGAAAAUAUUUUAUGGAAGAAGAUGUCGUCUUGGUAACGGUGACUUAUAGGCUGGGAGCAUUUGGAUUUUUGAAUGCUGGAGUAAAAUCAGCCCGUGGGAAUCAGGGUUUGAAAGAUAUGGUGAUGUCGUUAAACUGGGUGCAGAAGAAUAUUGCGGCAUUUUCUGGUGACAAAAAUAAUCACCAUUUUUGGAGAAAGUGCUGGCGGGCGGCAGUGUCAUUAUUAACCGUAUCCCCAAUGGCGAAAGGUUUGUUCCAUCGCGCCAUUCUACAAAGCGGGACCGCCACAUGUCCCUACGUCACGCGUGCCGGGACGGGUGUUAAAGAAGCGAAAAAACUUGCCGCUGAGCUUGACUGUCCCUCCAGCAAUGCUGAAUAUUUGGUAGAAUGUCUGCAGAAAAUUAAACCUGAGCUGCUCGCCGUGAAGUCGCUUUCCUUUAAUGAAUUCGGAUUCGACUCAAACGCGGUCCACAUGAGUCCAACGAUCGAAACGUAUAAAGCUGAGGAUGGCGAUAAUUACACAUUCUUAAGUGAGGACCCGUGGAGUCUGAUGCAAAAAGGGGAAUUUAACAAGGUUCCAAUCAUUAUUGGGUUUGUGGCGCAUGAAACAGGAACCAUGGGAAGGGGAUGCUUUCCACACCCGCAAAAAUUAAGAAAAUAAACGCAAAACGGCCGCAUCUUUCCCUCCUCGCUCCUCUACCAUGACACCGCAGAAGAUCCGAGCAUCGUGACUGAGCAGAUUCGAAAAUUUUAUUUUGGCGGUUCAGAACUCACCGGGGAAAGUGUGACUGAUUUGGAUCGAUUAAUUUCGGAGAGAUCGAUCACAUAUUGUACGCGAAAAGUUGCGGCGGCCUAUGCAAAUUUUACGACAGUGUAUGCCUUCAAUUAUUGAGCCCGUCAGUGCGGGAGGAUUGGAAGCUGCGGCGAUUUCGGGCAGUCAGGAAGGUAAAGAUGUCACUAAGGACGAUACAACUUCGACUGAUGAGCGACUUCCCAUACACGCCGACGAGCUGCCAUACCUCUUCGAACCGAGACCGCCAUUGGAAAAAUUUUUCAAAAAAAUUGGAAAGGAUAGCACAAAUUAUGAUUUUUCUAAAAGCUUUGUCUCCCUUUGGGCCUCUUUUGCGAAGGAUGGGAAACCUGGUAAACUUUGGGGCGAUCUGACAUCCGAGUGGACCCCGCUAAAAGCUAAUAAGCGCCAGGAGUAUUUACAAAUUAACGAAACUCCGAUAAUGACUGAGGUAGAUGAUGCGUUUCAAAACAGCUGGAAAUUUUGGGACAGUCUUCCCCUCAAAGAGUACGGCAAGAAAUGGGAAGGAGAUGCAUAACCUGGGAGUAUACUUACGUUGAAAAAUUGAAGCGGCAAAUUUGAAUUUAUCCAAAUAUGUACAUAUGCAUUUGUUGUUUUUUUCACGACCAAAUUUGUCAAUAAAUUUAGGUCAGUUCCGCUCA